GGCUACCACAACUAUAUCGUCUGAAGUAGUAAUGAACACUGUUCUAAAUUUAUUUCCCGAAACCCUGUCGUUCUGCCAGAAAUAAGUGAGUUGCAUUAAGCGCAGACUUGGCCUGGCCGAUUUUUUUUUAAUUGUGACACUAAUUUCAAGGAUUCCAUUCAGUCAUUAUCAUCAGUUGUGCUCACGGAGUGAAGGGAUUUGAGCAUUUCUUCGAGAUUUCGGUUGUUUUGGACUUGAUUUUCUUUUCUUUUCUUUUCUUUUUUAUUUGCUUCUGUAUCAUGAGAUCAGAUGCCUACAACGACGUCACAUGGAUUACGUAAAUUUCCUGCGCUAGAUUAUAUUGUGCAUCAUAACAGAGGAAGAAAACUUAUCAGAAAAGGAGGCUGAUAUAGAAAUGUCCACAUCGAGUGCGGAAGGAUCAGGUUCUCUGUCGCCUUCCCCAGUAGCAUCAAAUGCCCCGAAAUUUGGAACUCUCAUACCGAACAGGAUAUUUGUUGGAGGAAUUGCUGCCAGCACUACAGAAUCAGAACUUCAUUCUCUCUUCGCAUCGUACGGAAAUGUUAAGGCGACAAAGAUCAUACUUGAUAGAGCGGGCGUUUCCAAAGGGUAUGGUUUCGUGACAUUUGAAACAGAAGAAGAGGCGAGAAGAAUACAGAGAGAAGCUGAUGUAAUUCUGAAAGACAGGAAGUUGAACAUAGCUCCGGCUAUUAAGAAGCAGCCUUUUGCAAGGGUCUAUGAACCAACCCCUGUCGUACCGAAUGGGACCAUUCUUUACCCCAGUGGGAUUCCUCUGACAUAUCCCAAUGGCGUGACAUUUUUCAGUGCCCCUGAAAGUGUUUGCACGUACGGCAACCCUCAGGCAAAUUUCAAUGUGAUAUAUCCGUCGUCUGUCUACCUCCCUCAGCAGUCAAUUCAGUGCCAUCCCACGGGCACUCCUUACCCACCGACGACUGCUGUUCCUGAAAUGGCUCAACUUAUACCGGCGCCAGCCCCGCCCCACUUCUUCAUUCCCGAACACAACUACUGAAACAAUGGAUGCAGGAAUGACCAAUGUCUACUGAUCUCGCAGCGCCAUCCUAGCUGUUGAGAAUGAGAGAACUUGAACUGAGAAUUCAGGAUGUGGUAUUUCGCAUAUCUAAUGAUAUAAGUUGAAAUACAGCAGUGGAGAAAAGGCAGCUACUGAUUUACAAACAAAAAGAGUCGGAGAAUCCUCAGUCGUGGUUCCGAAAGACAUGGUUCUGUACCAACAUCCGUAACUUGUUUUCCAUAACUCAGGAUAAUAUGGUUGUGUAUCCUAUAUUAAUGAAUGUAGAAUGACCUGAUUUACAUCAAAUGUUAAACCGUCUCUCAAUCUAUCAGUUUAACUCGUGCUAUAGUUAUUGAAUGGUAAAGGACAAAAUCAAAUGAAACUAAAUUCAUAUUUGUCUUCUUCUUGCAGGUUUUCAUGAAGGUAAUACCUUGAAUACUGUUCUUUAGAUGCCCUGUGAUUAAAUAUCGUCAAAGCUAGAAACGUUUAAAUAAUUUUAUUGCUUAUUUUUAUUGUAUACGAUAAAAGCAAUAUCGAUAUUAAUUUGGUAAAUACAUACAUCUGUGAAAAUAGAAAAAGCAAAAUAGAUCCAUUUUUUGUGUGUAGUUGGUAGAAGAAUGUUUUCAUUAAAGAUUGCUUUGAUUCGAAAAAUGAAUAUGAACCAUUUCAUGGAAAUUUGACUGUAUUGCCAUAAUCAUACCAAUAUUUAUUACUUCACGAUAACAGCUUUUGAAGCUCCUUUUAUAAUAAUAUCCUUUUUGUUACCCGAAUGUUAAAAGAAAAGACCCUUUGAUUUUAAAAUGUUUAAAUCUUUGUAAGAUUGAGAGACGGGUUUUAAUUCCAGACAUAUCCUGUGACUCAUUUUAUGUAUGUCUUUGUAGCUGUUUAUACAUUAAAGACAAGCAAAUAAAUAUAUCAAUAUAUGUAUAUAUGAUGAAUCACACUGUAUUGUCCUUUGUGUUGAAAAAAUAAAACAACGAGACUUGAAAAUGCA